AUGUCUAUCGAUUCUACGAACAAUGGCGACGCGCCAAAAUCUUCAGACGAAGCUGCGACUAGCAAACCUCAAGAAACUAUCGCGGCCGCAGAGCAACCAGCGCCCGCAAUGCCCGCAUCGCAGCCAGAGCAAAGCUCAACGGAAGUGAACCUCCCUCCUACCAAGAAGCUGUGCGGUGUCUGCAAUGAAAACGAGGGCAAAUACAAAUGCAGCCGCUGCUACCUCCCUUACUGCUCAAUCCCCUGCUCCAAAAACCACACCCUCAACCACCCACCCUCACCUCCGAAAUCCUCUCCCUCUCCCUCACCCCAACCCGCUUCCCUCCCUCACCCCACAACCAACGGCCGUCCCGGCACCACCACAGCACCAACCAAAACCCCCUUCGCAGCCCUCGACACCUCCCCCGACCUCCGCCUGCUCUUCACCCACUACCCCAAACUGCCCACCCUCCUAACCCGCAUCCACACCACGACGCUGCCUCCCCUCUCCUCCUACACCAGCUCCGGCCUCCCGACGACUUCCAACCAGAAACAGACGUGGACCUCUGAUCGCGGGCUUCAGCGGGGAGUCGAGGCGUUGAAGAAGGCGCGGAAUGAGGAUGGGGUUGAUGGGGAGAGUGUUAGGGAGUAUGGAAGGGUUGUGUUGAGGAUUUUGAGGGAAGAGGAGGAGGGGGGAGGGGGAGUGACGGCGGAGGAAUUGGUGCAGAGGGAGGUGAGGGAGGGGGAGGUGGGGAUUGUGGAGAUGUUGCUUAAUGGGGAUAUUGGUUUGAAUACCUGA